UUCCUGUGUUUUCAACCCGAAGGAAUAUUUCGGCCAUUUUAACGAUGUUUCUGGCUUUUCCGAUUUUCAUUUUUCCGUGAAUAUUAACCGGUACACAAGUAAAUCGCAUCGUUCAAUUUUGUCGAGCGCCGCGUCGUCGCGGGUAGUCGCCGUCGACGCCGUCGUCGUUGUCGUUUCCGAAAUAUUGUUCCUUGUUAAAAUGUGAACGAAAACAAGUUUGUUUGAUUGAUCGUUGUGACGAAAAUAAAUCAAAUCAAUCACGGUGCGAAAAUGAACAAGUUUCACUUUGUGUGUUUCAUUCUUUACACUUUGGCAGUUUGCUUUGCCGAACUGGAUGAUAAAAGCGAAGAGGAACUGGAUUCGUUGACGAUGAUUCAAACGUCGAACGAAACGUUGGAGGAGGAACGACCGCCCGAUUCGCACGAAGCGAUGUCGCAGCGGCGAAACCCCCUUCAAGGCCGACACCAGAAGAUAAGGGAGAGAAGGAGCUACGAAUUUUUGAUGGGCCUCAUUAACAACAAUUCCAAAUUUGAACUCACCAAAAACGACCAAUUUAACAGCAACAGCAACAACAACAACAACAACAACAACAACAACAAACUGGUACGAACAUUGAAUAUCGAGAAGGAAGAAUUCGAAGCGACCGAAUUGUUGCUGGAAUUGAUGGUACGAAUCGCCGCGAAUCCGAACCAGUGGGAAAAAGUGCACAAUCUGUUGGAGAAAAUCGACAAAGACAUUUCGACAUCGAAAUCGAUAUUGAACGAGUUGAAGACAAAUCCACAACAGAAACGCAUAAAAGUGGAAGGCCACACCGUCUCCACAACCGAAUCGACGUCGUCGUUCAAGAAAGAGAAAUGGCCUGACUUCGAAAAGUCGCAACCGAAGAAACCGUAUCAGAACGCGAAAAACUUUGCGUAUCACAGAGUGACAGGCAAACCGAUUUACUUGAAUAAAAAUCCGAAAGCGUACAUCGCCGUCUCGGUGAUCGCCCCGAAAACGAAAAACACCGCCAAAACGGUCGAGAAAGAUGCCAAUUUGGAUUUGGAAGAUGAACUGAAGAGAUUGAAACCGUGGACGCACGAACAAAACCUGAAAGACAUGGAAACUUUGAGAUCGAGAUGGUUGAUUAAAUCGGGAAAAUAACAGAUUCAUAAUGAUGAUUCACUUUUGUAGAUAUUUAAUCAUAUCACGUGUAAAAUAUAUUUAUUAUAUUAAUUAUUGUUGUUGCACUUAGAUUAUUAACUAUAUACAUAUAGUACAGUAAUCAAAUAAUUAAAUAAAACGUUUAUUUAAU